GAGAGAGAGAGAGCUUGAGCUCCUCUCUUCACUCCUGGUUCCUGAAGCGCACAGACCGCAUCGCCGUCUCUUUUGUCGCGGCUUGGAAACUUUACGCGCGGCGCUUUUUUGCUUUCCUGCUUUGUUUAUUUUUUUUCCUACUCCUUUUUUUUUUUUACAUUUUCAGGAUAAAUCCUGUACGUUGACCGGAAGACGACUGACAUUGUAUCUUUAGUCACAGUUGAUUUUGUUGAUUUUUUUUUUUUUUUUUUUACUCCCCAAAGCUCUUUGGGCUCAGACGCGGAUUUUACCGGAGCUUUUCCGACCUCUUGGAUUCGGAUCUGCUUCAAGCUCUGAACAUUAGUGUUUCCUCAGACAUGCUCGGGACACAUAGCCAUGCUGGAGGGUUCAGACUCCACCGUUAAAGCUUCACAUGGACUAUCUUGGUGGAGGAGAACGGAAAGACGCACGGACAGAAGAUCUUAAGCUCGGAUCGAGGAUGGUGUGUGGAUUUACAGCGCAGAGACACCGGCGCGACUUCAGUGUCUAACGGAAGUUUUUAUUCGUAGUGUUAGAAUUUCAACUAAAUCCUUUUUUAUAUUAAUAUCCUAUUCAAACAGAUUCGGCUGUAGAAUAUAGGCUGUUCGGGGCAGCCUGUGUGUAUAUAUAUAUAUAUAUAUUAUCUGCUGCUUAGUUUGUGGGUGGAAAACCGAAUUAAAAGACUGGCGUAUGGUACAGAUUGCCUUUGCUGCUCCCAGCUUCUGCACCGUCUCUCGGACUGCGCGGCGCUGCCUGGCCUCGGAUCCCGGGACCUACUUCAUGAUUUGCGGACGCCAUGCUCGUUCUUUAGCCGGGAGACCCUCUGCUCGUCGUCGCGCAUGUUCAGGACCAGACGGUCGGGGCUCGUCCGUCGACUCUGGAGGAGCCGCGCGCCCGUCGACGGCGACGGGGAGGAGGCGGCGGACACCGGGACGCACGGCGCGGGAGGAAGCGGAAGAGGAAACGGAAGCUUGUGCAUGGGCAAAGCGACCAAGGCCGCCGGUAAGACCGGCGGAGGCGCGAGCGCGGAGGCCGAACUAAAGGCGCUCACGCACUCGGUGCUGAAGAAGAUCAAGGAGAAGCAGCUGGAGGUGCUGCUGCAGGCCGUGGAGUCGAAGGGCGGAGCGCGGAGCCCGUGCCUCAUGCUGCCCGGCCGAGUGGACGCGUUCUCGCUCCCGCUGCUGCUCUGUAAGGUUUUCCGCUGGCCAGACCUCCGACACUGGUCACAGUUAAAGCGGUUGCCGUGCUGUGAAUCCUACGGGAAAAUCAACCCGGAGCUCGUGUGCUGCAACCCGCACCAUAUGAGCCGCCUGUGCGAGCCCGAAUCCCCUCCUCCUCCGUACUCACGAUAUCCAGUGGACUUACUGAAGUCACCCGAUUCUCCAGACUCUCUGCCUGCUUCCACUGAAACUGGGGGAACGAUACAUUCAGCCCCUGUGGGGUUUUCAGAUUCCCAAGGUGUUCAAGAGUGUGGCGAGCACUGGUGCGUGGUGGCGUACUGGGAGGAGAAGACGCGCGUCGGCCGCCUCUAUUCGGUCCGCGAGCCAUCGCUGGACAUCUUCUAUGACCUACCUCAGGGCACGGGCUUCUGCCUGGGCCAGCUGGGCUCGGAGAGCCGCAGCGCACUCGUGCACAUGGUGCGACCCAAAAUCGGCUACGGCAUCCAGCUGAGCCGCGAGUCCGACGGCGUUUGGGUGUAUAACCGCAGCCGAUACCCCAUCUUCAUCAAAUCAGCCACGCUGGACGACCCUUCAUCACGAACGCUGCUCGUGCACAAGGUCUUCCCCGGGUUCUCCAUAAAAGCCUUUGACUACGAGAAGGCCAAGAGCCUGCAGAGACCCAACGAUCACGAGUUCAGCCAUCAGCCUCGCGCCGGAUUCACCGUUCAGAUCAGCUUCGUUAAGGGCUGGGGUCAGUGCUACACCAGACAGUUCAUCAGCAGCUGCCCCUGCUGGCUCGAACUCAUCUUCAAUAACCGAUAACCACAAGCCCCGCCCACUCCACUUCCCCUCCCCUCUUCCUCUGUCGCCAUGGACACGGACUGGCCCUGACCUCGUUUUUGGGACUAUUUGCUUUUUUUUUUUGUGACAGAGUGAGAAAAAAAAAAGUUCUCCAGAAGAUUUUACGA